AGUUCCAUUUCCGGUAACGCGGACAGCGAAUGGUAGCGUCGAAGGUGGAUGAGGCCUAGCUGGUGUGAUUUAGAAGGGUUAAGAUUACAUUGAAAUACGUGAUUGUAGCAUUAUUAAGAGUGCAAGGUGACACUAAUUUAUGUUUUCAGCACGCGCGCAACAGCUGGGAUAAAAUCGAGGUUAGCGCCAGCUUACUCUGCUGCCUGACGGUUCAUUCAUCCCCUACUGAUCAUUCAAAAUGUCGGACUUUGACGAAUUCGAGAGACAGUUAAGCGAAAACAAACAAGGUGUUGAAAAUCUAAAUUCACUUGAGCGGGACAAGGAGAAUCGCCAUCGGCGUCGCAGCUCGUCCCGCAGCCGCAGCCGGGACCGUGGGAAGAGGCGCAGCAGGGAGCGCCGGAGCCGCGAGCGCCGCAGUGGUAGCAAGGACCGCCGGCACAGACGCAGCACACAGCCUCAAAACCCACCCCAAGACAUCGUCAGUCGUUCACCUCACAGGGAGAAGAAGAAGAAGGUGAAGAAGUAUUGGGAUGUUCCUCCUCCAGGCUUCGAGCACAUCACCCCAAUGCAGUACAAGGCCAUGCAAGCACACAUAGCAGUUGAUUUAUUCUCCUGCCCAGCUGCUGGCCAGAUCCCCGCCACGGCUCUGCUGCCCACCAUGACGCCAGAUGGCCUGGCCGUGACCCCCACCCCCGUGCCCGUGGUGGGCAGCCAGAUGACGCGCCAGGCUCGACGCCUCUACGUGGGCAACAUCCCCUUUGGCAUCACAGAGGAGUCUAUGAUGGACUUCUUCAAUGCCCAGAUGCGUCUCGGUGGGCUUACACAAGCGCCAGGCAACCCAGUGCUGGCCGUGCAGAUCAACCAGGACAAGAACUUCGCCUUCCUGGAGUUCCGCUCGGUGGAUGAGACCACCCAGGCCAUGGCGUUCGAUGGCAUCAUAUUCCAGGGCCAGAGCCUGAAGAUCCGCCGGCCGCACGACUACCAGCCGCUGCCCGGCAUGAGCGAGAACCCCAACGUCUAUGUGCCAGGAGUUGUCUCCACGGUGGUGCCAGACUCGGCUCACAAGCUCUUCAUCGGAGGACUGCCCAACUACCUGAAUGAUGACCAGGUAAAGGAACUGCUGACCUCCUUUGGCCCCCUGAAGGCUUUCAACCUGGUUAAGGACAGCGCCACUGGCCUCUCGAAAGGAUACGCCUUCUGCGAAUACGUGGACGUCAACGUCAACGACCAGGCCAUUGCGGGUCUCAAUGGUAUGCAGCUGGGUGAUAAGAAGCUCCUGGUUCAGAGGGCAAGUGUGGGUGCCAAGAAUGCCUCAAUGACGAGCGUAAACCAGACUCCCGUGACGCUGCAGGUCCCUGGGCUGAUGAACAGCUCAGUCAACCAGAUGGGCGGCAUCCCCACAGAGGUGCUGUGCCUGAUGAACAUGGUGGCACCUGAGGAGCUUCUGGACGAUGAGGAGUAUGAGGACAUCCUGGAGGACGUGAAGGAGGAGUGCGGCAAGUACGGCCAGGUCAAGAGCAUCGAGAUCCCACGGCCCGUCGACGGCCUGGACAUCCCCGGCACUGGCAAGAUCUUUGUGGAGUUCACGACCCUUUUCGACUCCCAAAAGGCCAUGCAGGGUCUGACCGGGAGGAAGUUUGCCAACCGAGUGGUGGUGACCAAGUACAUCGACCCAGAUGCCUACCAUCGCCGAGAUUUCCGGUAGAACAGGCGAAAGAGAGAAGGGAGGAGAGGAGGGGGGAGAGCUGGGGUUAAUGGCAGAAGGAAAGAGGAGCGAGCGAGUGAGGGAGGAAGGGAAAGAGAAAUUAAAAUGUUUGGUUAGGUGGGGAACAGGGGAGGGGGGGGAUCGGGAGGGAUUUUCUACUAUUAAAACAAAACAAAACAAAAAAUUGCUAUGUGGAAAGGAGCAUAUGUAAUCAUAUAUGUUUCGAGACUACGUGAGCGGGUUAGUUUUUUUGUGUUUGUAUUUUAAGAAUGUGUGUGCUUGUAUAUCCAGGAGGUAAUUUUUUUUUUGUAUUUUUAAAUGGUCUUGGGCUUUGGAGAAGUGCCAUUUCUUGCUGCCUGUCCAAAAAAAGAGAUGGUUUUGAGAUAUGAGACCAUUUUUUGGGAGGCGGGGUUGGAUGUAGGGAGGCUGGGAAAGGACAUGGUUUUGCAGCACAUGUCACGAAUGCGGUCUUUUUCUCUAUUGCCCAUAGGAAAGCGCCAGUCUUGUAACAAAAGGAAGGUUGACCUCAGUUAUAAAAAAAAAUGUCCAGUAUGUGAAUGAGAGCUGCCACUCACUGUAUCUUCAUCUUGUCUUAUAUCUCACACUCUCUCUCUCUCUCUCUCUCUCUCCCCUCUGCUCUUCUUUUCUGCUCUCGUCAUAUGAUUUCCACCUAUUGGGCUGAUAUGUUAAAUCAAUACUUUUUUUUUUCUUCUCGUUUUUGUUGAUGUUUGUCAUUAGUAUCGCUAGCAUUGUCUGUUGGCUGUUUGGCAUUUUAGUUUGCCUGGUCGUCCAUACAGGUGGUGGUGGCCCCCCUUCUGUUUCAAUUACAACCACCUGUCCCAUGUAAUUGUGUGUGUAUGUGUGUGUUUGAGCGAGUGUGUGUGUGUGUUUGUCAGUCCCACUACAGUGUAGCCCAUUUGUUUCAUAAUAAAACUCCUUGAAAUACACGUUGGUUUGCCUGAUUGGCCGUUUCAAGAUGGGGAGGAGGAGGAAGAGACGAGCAUGUGUCUUAGGACGAUCUGAUCGAUUUUGUGGUUGUUCAUCACCUGUUAAUUGGGCAUUCAUGGGUAGUUUUUGAAAGGCGUUUUGAGCAGAAUUGUCUCCUGAGCUCCAUGUUUCCCAUAAUCCCCCAUUCUCCGUACCACAGCUCAAACUCUACUCGUAAAAACACUGCACAGCACCGGACUCUAUUCUAUCACUGCCAGUAAACCUACAGGCUGCUUUUCUACAGUUGCAUAGCUAAUUUGCUCUGGUCCUGUCCCAUAACCUUUUUAUUUAAUUCAUGAUGGGAAUAUCUUGUUUGUUUCGUUGUACGCACACACACACACACACAUGUACACACACACACACACACACACACACACACACACACACACACACACACACACACACACACACACUUGGUGUGAUUUCCAAUGUGUAUUAAGUAAGAUUCUAGACUGGAAAAAAAAGAUUUCUCACAAUACCUAACGACUUAAUGACUUCUCUUCAUCAUUACUAUUAUUGUUGUUUUAAAAUGGAGCUUGACCUCAUCUCCAGAGUUGAGACGAAUGUGUUCUGAAAUCUGCCUUUUCUGUGAAAGGUGUAGUCCCAAAAUAAGUAUAUGACAAAUGAUCUGUUUAUUCUUACGAGACCUUUUGGACAUUAUGAUGAACAUCCACGACUUUGUGCGUGUGAGUGUGUGCACCGUUGCGUUGGACCAGGUGAUGUGACAUUCAUCUUACCACCCCACAAAGUCACAGUCACGACAUGACUGUCUAUUUUUGUUUUUGUUUGUUUGUUUAUUUUUUUCUUUGUCCUCUGUUAAAAUUACUUUAUGGCUAAGAGCACAUUACAUUAAAAGAUCAGAUGCUUAC